AUGGAUGCAGUCGAGGCUAAAAGAGAUCUCCCUUAUUACUUUGUAGGCCACCAACGUACAGGCUUAUUGGUUGCAGGGCUGGUUCCCGCCGGCAUCACUAUUAUUGUGUGUACUCUAGUAAUCAUAUCCCACUUUUCCAUGAGAUUCUACAGACCAGAAGUGGCCAACCGAGUAUCACUACAUCUCAUAGUCACAGCAUGUCUACUGACAAUAAUAUAUUCAAUCAUAAACACAACAAGCGAAAAGAUACACGGAGGAAAUUUAGCUUGCAGAAUAUAUGCUUAUUUUCUUAUAGCAACCGAUACAAUGUCAUGUACCUGUUUAGCGAUGGUUGGUGUCAACCUUGUUCUCAUUUUUAUUGUAAAUGUAAAUCGACCAUGGCGAUUUGAAAAGUAUUACUACAUCCUUAUUGGGAUUGUAGGUGUUAUUGUAAUUGUAAUGCCACUUGCUAUAUCAUCCUCUCCCGAAAAUGUUGUGGAAACAUGCUGGUACCAUUAUUACUUUAUCGGAAGAUUUACACGUUAUUUCAAUUGGAUGUGGUACUAUGGCUGGCUGUUACUUUCUUCAGCCGUGGCAGCAAUCUGUGCUUUCCUCGCUUUACGAAAGUUCUCCCGCGAGCAGCACAAUUUUGCCAGUAUUAUUAAUAUGCGGCAAUCAAACGAAACACAGGCCCCGCGUCGUCCCGUUAAUCCAAGACAGAAAAUUAUACAAAAGAACACUGCACUUUUUAGAAAAGUUGCGAGUCGCUGUAUAUGUUAUCCACUAGUACCUAUUAUCUCAAAGGCGGCUGGGAUUGCUGUCGAAAUAUCGUUAAUGCGUAAAGUACAUAUACCAUAUAGUGUCUUUGUUCUCGAACGAAUUACUUCAAGAAUAAUGAUAAGCUUUAUAUAUUUUACUGAUCCAGCUGUCAGGGAAGCCAUUUCAGACCUAUUCAAGUUGGCUGUUAGGUACUACGUCGAAGACUACUAUUGCAUGUAUUUUAUUCCAGAGCAAGACGAAAAUGGAAAGAUGUUAAAUUUCUGGGUUAAAAACCCAUACAGUGUUACUUUACACUGUAUUCCUGAGCCAAUAGAAGACAUGAGAGCCUCUGCAUCAAUGGGCUAUACAACACUAAAGAAAGACACUGAAAAAAACAAAAAGUACUCUUUGAUAGGCCUUGAAGGGCUGCGACGGUCAAUAACAGCUGACCAAACUCAUAAAUCACGAAAGAAGAACUCAUCAACCCUGGAGUUUAACCAUCAUAACAGUUUCAGAAAAAGAUAUUCAUAUGUGCACCCAUUAGUACGUCUUGUUAUAGUAGACGGAAAAUAUGUAUGCAGCCAACAUAGCUAUAAAGAAACCAAAUAUAUCGCAAACAUAUCCACAGACCCCAUGGCUCUCGGAGACGAAAUAAAUCACGUACAGAGUCGACUUACAUUUAUGAGCCGUUUACAAAUGGUUUUUACUUGGUGCACAUCUGCUAGAAAAAAAUAUGCUUACAGAAAGGUGCCAAUGUAUCGAGUACGGCCUGCACAGUACCUAAAAGACGGGAACGAAUCGAACGAAAGCAGCCUGUUAUAUGAAAAGGAAAGGUGGAGAUCAGGUUCUGACUAUAUCGGACGAGCAUCUUUUCAAUUUUUUCGAUACCCAUUUUUGGCUCGUGUACUACAUUGGAUACUCAUCCAUAUAUUUCGUACUGAAAGUCCAGGAAACAUUAAUCCUGCAUUUGACAGAGAUGUCGGGAAUACACCUGGAACGCAUUUGCCAAGUAUCCAUUCAAGUGAAGAAGUAGAUGGAAAUCCAAAUAUUGGACUAUUUGAAAAUGCAAACUCUUUUGCUGAGUCAAGAAACGAUAGUAACCUUGAUAACAUUGCAACUGAUUCGAUUCAUCCUUUGGAUUCAGUCAUAAUAUCUGACCCGGCCGAAGUUUUAAAUAAUGACCAAAGCUAUUUUCCCAGUACUUCAUUGACAGGUGAAUUGAUGGGGACAGCCAAAGAAUUUUCAAAAAACAGUCCAGCAAUAGAUAAUAACCCAAAGCACGAGCCCAAGUCAUACUUUGAUUUCCAACCAGCCAGAAACUCGCUCAAUUGUGUGGGCAACCCUAAUCCUCCUAAGAAUCGACUGAAGCCAUUGGUCAUAGACACGCCUAGACUUUAUCCCAACACAGAAUAUAUACAAAGCCCAACUAACGAGAGACCACAGACAACUGAAUAUACAAAAUCACCACGUAUCUCAAAAUAUGCACGUAAUUUAUCCUUUGGGGAUGUAUCUCCUAUCUUAAGGGAUAGAUCUAUAUCAAGCCAAAACAUGCGUCUAAAUUCUACUAAAUCAAAAGGGUCCUCGUGGUCUAUAAUGGAUGCAUUGAACUUGAGUAGAAAUAAACCGGAUAGUAAACAUAGCUCUAUAGACGAUACAGUAAGUGGAAGAGAAAGUAACAGAAGUCAAUCUGGAGACACAGCCAAAUCCAAAGAUAAUCAGAUACCUGAAAAGCAUCCUUUUUCAAAAAGAUUGAGGGCUAGCUUUAAAAUAUCUGAAUCAAGGCAAGCACAGUCUAUUGACGAUUACCCACCUGCUCGCUCUUCGUCAUCUACAGAGUCUCUUAGAUUAUAUUCACCUUUACCUGAAGUAGCUGACUCGCAAAAACUCGGCGAAAGAAAAGAAUGGUCUUCUGCACUUUCGCCUCCUCCUCGAUCACAUUUCAUUCGUAAUCAAACAUGCUCCAAACAAAUGAAAGACAAUGUUACCGCAGAAGUAAGCAAUAAGAGUCUCUUCUUCCCAUUUGGAAACAACACUAGCCAAGGAAGUACAGUACGAAUAUAUAGUCCAAUAGGGAGUCCAGGUCAUACAGGGGAGAGUAGGCCAGAAAAGACCAUGUCUUUUAAUGAUAUGGUUGGAGGUCUCGAGGAAUGCCACUCUCGGGUUGUACACGUUUCAAAUUGGCAACAUGAUGAUGAUUCCGGUAGAUUAACCGUAGGGUAUGAAACGUGGGAUGCGGAUAAUGCGUUAGAGGAGUAUGCAAACAAUUUAGCAUCCUUGAUACAUCGAGCAUAA